GACGCAUGAGAGGAGGCAACGGUCGUAAGACGUUCUUGCCUUCGAACUAUCUGUUUAACGCGAGCGUCCCGCGAUAGGCGUGGCAGUGCGUCCGGUUUGCAAACGUUGGGAAUAUUUCUGAAGCCUCGCGAGGGUUGCGCGACAGCCGAGGAAGACUGCAACUCAAGGCCGACCCACUGCAACAUGUUCGACGAAGAGAGGGAAGCCAAGCUUCCCUGUCUACCGCUAGAGACACCACCCGAGGCCUCCCUGGGGCUGUCCCCCUCCGCUCUGCUCGAAAGCGUAAACAAAAAACUCACCGAUCUCGCCGACCAGCGGCACCACAUCUUGUGUCAAAUGUACGCUUACAAGCGGCUGCGCAACUCCGUUGUGCCAAUCAAUCGCCUGCCCCAGGAACUGCUCGCAGAUGUAUUCCUGCUAGUGACGGAGGAUGGGUCCUACCAAGAGCGCGUCCUCGACCUCAGUCGGGUUUCUACGCAGUGGCGCACCGUUGUGCUCACCACUCCGCGCCUCUGGACGCACAUCCCGCUUCGACAGCGUCGUCUUGCGGAGCUGUUCCUCGUACGAUCUGGGAAUACGCACCUACACUAUCGGGUAGAUGGCUCCACUCUGUCGUCGACAUACCCGGUACUGCAGGAUCUGCAAGGUAUGCUGCCGUUAAGCCGUACGAAGACUUUGGAGGUGGAGGCGGCGAACGAGCAAGAGCUACUGCUCGUGUUCGACCUCCUUGCAGAACCUGCCCCGUUCCUGGAGACGUUAAGCCUACAAUUGCCUGAUAUAUGCGAGUGGGUCAAGGGCGUGGGUGACCUCGUUAUCAGGACCACACUCUUCGACGACGCGGCACCGAAGUUGCGGAUACUCGACCUGGACGUGGUCCAUGUCUACUGGACGUCCAGCAUCUUCGCGAACCUUACCAGACUUGACCUCCGAAACCAGAAGUGCGACAUGCUUCCUGACGUAGACACCUUCCUUGAUGUCCUGGAGAGAACCCCCCAGUUGGAAUCAUUGUUGUACCAUUGCUGGGAGUACGAGCUCGAUGGUCUCCCGCGUUAUGUAGGCCCUACUCCCAAUUGUCCACGGGUCAUCACGCUGCCGGAGCUCAAGAGACUCAUCUUCGGUUUCCUGCCUUCGGCCUGGACGUCGUCUGUGCUGGGUAGCCUGCAAGUCACGGCGCGGACACGCGUAAAGAUCGUCUCAAUCCCUGAAGUAGGACAGGUCGACUUUCCUCUCGAUAUGCUCCCUGCGGACCUCAGUCGUAUCCCCGCUCUAUCCAACAUUCGCUCAAUGGAAAUCGAACAGAUCUCCUACAGAACACUCAAGUUUUCUCUCUCUCCUGUCGGCGCCCGCCACCCGCGGAUCAAGGUCCCGCAGCUGGGCUCCUUAGAAUUGCGAAGGGCUGAUUCCAUGGCACUCGCACUUCGAGACGCAUUCCAGAAGCUGGAUAUACGGCACCUGGAGUCGCUCACCAUACGCGAACAUCCCGAUCGUACCAUUGUCGCGCCGCACAUCUGGCCUACCCACCUGCAAAUGACCAAGCACCUGCAGCAGUUGCAGCUGAUCGACAUCCAUUCUCCCGACAUACUCACCGCACUCCGUAAUUCGUGUGACGAUAAUGCAAUCUGUCCACGAUUGCGCGCACUAGCUCUUCAGCAAGGCUUCGGUGGAGACGCAAUGGUGCCGGAACUCGAGGCAUAUAUAAACCAUCUGUCUAAGGAAGGGAGGCCUUUGGCGACGGUCACUCUGACUGAUGUGGGAUUUUCUACCGACGCUAUCUUACGACUGAAGUCCAUGGAUGUAAAGGUCGAUGUAUGGCGUUCUGUGAAGGGCGUCCCUGGUACAUUUACAGAGGUAUCGAUUGACUAAGAAGAGAUUUGGAACUGGCCGCCUCUAGACGAUGUCUAGGCAGUUGAAUGAGUUUACCGUUGCCUCUGACAUCAUGCUCAAGAGCCUGA